GGCCAGGGUGGGGUGGGACUCCCUCCGACUGUACCUCCGAUACCUCUUUAGCAGUAGGGAACAAACGUGAGAUCCGAAGCGUUUCAUAAAUGGUCGAGGACUUACUGAUAAUGCCCAAAUCCCGGGUACAUUAAGUACAAUAGGAGAAUUUAUUUGAAAAUAUGUUUAUAUUAUUUGAUGAUCAUUCCUUUAAAUUCUUGUCACGACUUCAUAAAGCUUUCCCCUUUUGAUCUAUGGACUUUGCUCCAAAAAUCAGAGUUUGUUAAGAUGUUUUUCUGACCUACAUAUGUUCAGUGAGAACAAAUGAAAAUUAUGGAAACUUUGUUUAAAAACUGACGUCUUUCCUUCCUUUCAUUUGUUGUAGAAAAAUACCUCGAGCCAGUGGCUAUAAUCAGGUUAGCCUACCCCGGCUCCUGGCUCGGACGGCAGAAAUUAUAGGUUAUUUUGGGUCAAGAAAUGACUUUUAAAAAGAAACCCUGUUCAAGACCCUAAAUAGUGAAAUUGUAGACGUUGAUUAAGACUGAAGACCUUGAAACCAGGACCCUAUUCAGCGGCACAUACCCGCACCCCCCCAUCCUGCUGGAAAAUAACCCAACACCACCCAACAUUUGCAUGUGAAUUUUAUGUGCAAACGAAUUCUGAAUAAUUACAACAACAGUUUAAUUGAUAUCGCUGCUGCCGACCGGGGCUCGGAUAUUUUCUCAGAAAAACCAGGAUUGUGAACGGUCAGCUUGGGUGUCACAUACUUGCACAAUCUUUGUUCUCAACUUUGAAGUUUGCCAGCUUUCAAACCAGUCUCCUCUAUCCUCUACUUUGUGUAAACCUGAUUCGCCCAACGCCAAAAAAGCCUUUCAACAAGGUAGUUGAACGUUUGUUAGUACAGGGAAGUGGGGAGUGGUCAUCAUUAUACGUUUCCGGGAAACUGCCCACCUACCCUCCCCUAAGCCAACAUUUUGCCCUAAGUGAGAAGUAAGUGUUAAUGUAAGCUUAGGGGAAGGGUAGGUAGGCAGCGUACCAGUAACGUAUAAUGAUCCCACUUUUGUGUGUCUGCAGACGUGUACGGCGAAGCCAUUCAUGUAGAAAAAAAACUGAAUUGUUGGUUUUUGUGUGUUUUCUUGUUUACAGGAAGAUAAGCAUGUUUUUGUGAGCAAUUCCGCUGGCCAGACAUACAAAACCAAGUUUGUUAUUCUUGCUAUUCCACCACACUUAACAAGUAAGUGAAGAAAAUGUAGUCAAUACAAUCUCACAAAUGUCAAUUAUGAAAUGUGAGUUUCCAAAGCCAAAAUAGUUAAUUAAUUAAGCAAUCUUUUUGGACCGUUUGAAUUAAAUCCAGUCCGUAAAAUAUAAGCUGUGAAUUAGACUGUUCAUAGCCCCAUUUGUCUCUAAGAUCGUCACGAUCGACCCUUACGGGCGGUCAUUUUCUUUUCAAAUGUACUUAGGGGACACAUCCCAGACGUCUAAGUUUGGCUUUAAGUAGAUUUGAUACUUAUCCCUAGUCUGACUCGGUACAUAUGAAACCAACCUCGUCCCCAGGACGAGGUUGAUAUGAAACCAGGAUGGCCGCCUGUUAGGAGGGCAGGUGUUUGAUCCUGACCAUCUUACGAAAAACUUGGGAAUUGUGAACAGUUUAACUGUGAAUAGUUUUGUAUGUGUAUCAAUCAGCCAUCACUUUUUUUGUUCUAUUAGGUAAACAUUACUUAUUAGAUUCUGGGAUACUUCUCACCUACCCCUCCCCUAAUCCAACAUUUGCGCCGAGUGAGACGUUGGUGAUAACGUUGGGUUAGGGGAGGGGUCGGUGGAAGUCUAGUCCCAGAAUCUUAUAAGUAUCUUUUUUGUUUAAUCCAAGCAACUUAAUCCAUUUAUUUUUAAUGCCUAGACCGCGAGCAGUCUCCCUUUUUCUUCAGAUUUCGUGAAGAGUGCACGUGCACUCGAGCGUCGAGCGGCGAAGCUGCGAGACGGGAGAAACGAGGGCGGCCUUCAGUCACGCGCGUGGUCAUUGUCGUGUUUUGUGCGUUUUACUCGACGGACUAAGAAAGAAGAGGGACUGUUCCUGCCUCUUCCUCAUGUGCUUCGUUUUUCGCACAGAGCCAAACGCGAAACGCGAGUGACACAGUAGUGACUUGUGGCGAACUGCAAGGGACAACGUGAAGGAAAAAAAUGAGAGGCGAGGCGUCUCUCGCCCGUUUUCUCUUCGCGCCUUUCUUUGCGCGCAAUUUUUCAUCAAAAGAGAGACAUCUCGUCUAGGUACGAGGCAGGGACGGACUGUUCGUAGUGUAUUUAAUGCUUUGUGUAUCAUCGUAAAGUUUUCUCAUCUAGGUCAGAUUGAAUUCAGUCCAGAGUUGCCAUACAACAAACAGCGACUUACUUAUAACAUGCCUCCGGCACAUUUGACAAAGUUUGUCGCCACUUAUGGGACAGCAUUCUGGCGGAAGGAUGGUUUAUCGGGAGAACUGCUUAGAAGUUCAUGUGAAGAUUCUUGUAAUAAUAAUCCAAUUGCAAUGACAUUUGACGCUACAACGAGCGAUGGAAAUCCAGCUAUUCUAGGAUUUAUCACAUCUUCUACUGCUGCCAAGUGGUCUUCAGUACCGGUAAUUUCUUAUGCUAUUAUAUAUCUAGCCUGCGUAGCCGGCGGGAUCGUUAGCGCGAGCAGAGUUUGGGAGAGUAGCUGGGAGCUGUGUAGAGAAUGGGCAGGAGACGCUUCUCGCGUCUUCAGUGCUCGCAUUUCGCGGCAAAGCUGCGAGAAUAGGGAGCUUAUCUACAAUGAAGGCGACGGCUACGAAAACGUCACUUAAAAAGUGAAUUCGCCUUGCCUCAAACUUUAUCGCGUUUAUUCCAUCUCGUUAAAUUCGUCAAAUUUCGGCAAAUUGUUUUUCUAGUUGAAUUCUAAAAGACUUCAUCAAAGUUCAGGAAAAGAAAAAGAAAGGUUGUCUUGUGUUCACGUCUUGUGACGUCCUCGGCAAAACGUGAAAUUAGGCACUUUCACAUCGUAGUCGUGCAGCGACGGCAAAGAAAUGUACAAAAAGCGUGAUGCACUUGCAAAGUUGUUGUUUUGCCAGAAUCUAAACCUUUUGCUUUUUUCCCGUCCUCGUUGCCGUCGCUGUCGUCGUUGCUUAAGCUCCCUAAUGGUGGCUUCACUGCCAACAGUGUCACUCCAGCAAAAGCAGUAGGCCACUCAACCUCGUUCCCAGGGUUCUCUCCUACCCGUAGGGCGGGUAGGAGAGAACCCUGGGAACGAGGUUGUAGGCCACUUACGAGUUCCAAAAACCCUCACUUUCAAAAUGAGGCUAAGUGGCCAACCUUUUAUGUGAAAAUGAGUUUUACUUGCAUGAGAAUGAAAAUCACUUCAAUAUCAAAGGCUGAGCACUUAACCUCGUUUUGAUGCAGAGGCCCGGAGGGACUCGGAAAUGGCCUAUUCCGGAAGCUAAGUAGGCUAUAUCAUAUAUCUCGUAAACUUCUAAGAGGGCAAAAAUCCAAAAAUUUGACAAAAAUGCAAAAUGUUAGCUUGUAAAAUACCGAGAAACAUGGGGAACAAUGUGAAAAUACCGCUCUUAAAAUGAUCACACCAUACGAUCUGAUCGACAGACUCAACUAGCUAGCACCACCUUGUACAGUGUUAACAGUCGGAUAGGAAAUUACUUCUCAGUAGCUUUCAUUUGAAUGAUUACUUCACGAUUUCAUCUACAGACUCCAAAUUUUUUACCACCUUGCCUUGUACCUUGCCUUGAGUCUUGUUUUUACAGUUUAAAUGUACGAGAUUUUCUCAACACCAAGUGGUGUUUGCGCGUGAACCAGCGUCAUUUUGGCGGGAAAACGUCAUAAUCGUCGUCAUUCUGCCAUGAGUUUUAGCGAGAAUAGUGAAUAGGGAGCUUAAGAUCCGACGACGGCGACGGCAACGGGAACGCCACAAAAACAAUAGGUUUAAUUAGCAAAACAACAAUUUUGCACGUGCAUCACGCUUUUUUGUACAUUUCUUUUCCGUCACUGCUGGACUACGACGUGAAAAUGCCUAAUUUCACGAUGUACAGAGGAAGUAGACAAGCGACGACGAAAUUUCCUCUCUCCUUCUGAACUUGGAUAUGGUCUUAGGGAUUUGACUUUAGGAGGGUUCGCCUACACUUGACAAAGUUACUGACUUGGAGUAAUGGCGAUGAAGAUUGAAAGAAUGCGAAUUCACUUUUUCAGCGACGCUUUCUCUGCCGUCGCCGUCCUCGGAUCUUAAGGUCCCUAAUAGCAUCGACGACGGCAACGACAGCGAAAACGUCAGUGUUAAAAUGAAUUCUCGUUUUUUCAAUCUUUGUCGCGUUUAUUCCAAUUUGCUGAAAAUGGCAAAUGUAGGCGAAUUUCCCUGGAGUUGAUUUCUUGAGGACCGCACUCAAGUUUACAGAGAGAAAAAGAAAUUCGUCGUCGCUUGUUUACGUCCUCUGUAAAACUUGCAAUUAGGCAUUUUGACAUCGUAGUCGUGCAAGGACGGUAAAGAGUUGUACAAAAAAGCGUGAUGCACGUGCAAAGUUGUUUUGGGUAAUAAACCUAUUGCUUGGUUGCCGUCGCCGUCGUCGUUGCUAAAGCUCCCUAAUUUACGCAAGAGGACGGGAGAGGAAAGAAGACGGCAAACGUUGACGAUAAUUGCGUUUGAAAAAACUUUCCGCCAAACAUAACCCUUCUUUUAAGAGAUUUGUUUUGUAAAAGAAGACCAGAAACGUUAAUGUUAAGUGAGUAUCGCGAGAAAACACAUAGGUAAUAGCCCUGUCACGUUUGUCACACACAAACGUUUUGCCGUCCUCUUCUUUCUGCCGUCCUGGGGCCGGUUGCUCGAAGCCUGGUUAGCGAUAACCGUUGGUUAAGAGGUAUCAAAAUGUAUAGGUUUCCAUAGUAUUUAACGCUGGUUAGCACUAACCAUGCUUCGAGCAACCCGGGCCUGUUGUGUAAACUUUGAUGGCGGAAACAAGUUAUCAAAUGUUAAAAGUUUUGUCAUUUUUGCGAUCGGGAGAGAGCUUAACCUCUUCCAAUAAAGACAACAGUGCUAACUUUUCCGGCGAAAAUGUACAAUGAAGUAUUCCGAGGUGUCUAAUUUUCUACAAUACGCGAAAAUUUUUAAAUCAAAUCUCGUACUGGUAGUCGUUCUCGUCUUCGAAUCUAAAGGAAAGUAAAGUAUCCGUUACUUGAAUGGCUACACUUCGAAAUUUCAGCUUUACUUUUCUCCAUUUUUCGUUAGUGGAUGACGUUCUUUUGAUGUUAGAGUUCUCUCUUCUAGGAUGAAAUUAAAAGAGAGGACAUUCUUAAAUCGUUAAAGACGUAUUUUGGACCAGAAGCUGAGCAUCCUUUAGAUUUUCGUCUCAAAGUAAGUAAGCUCUGACAUGCUAUGAUAGUUUGCCUCACCUGGUUGGUGAUGGAGUUAAUCUCUCACGAUAAUUUGCUAGAUAUUGAUUGCGAGUAAUUUUCACCAAGAAAAAUGACUCUUUCUUUCCAAAAUCUUACACGUAAUUUUAUGAUACUGAAUAAGUGUUUAAUAAGAAUAUAAUUAAUAAUGACAAGGUCUCCGUAAUACUAUUCUUGAAUAAUACAAAUAUCUUUCAUAUUACAACUUUGUUCUGUAUACACAAGAAACUUUAUGUGAAGUCACCGAAGCCUAUGAAUUAAGGGGUUAUUUCAUGGAAAUUGUUAAAAUCGCAUAACUUCAUUCAUCUUUGUGCUCUUCCCCAAGAUAAGCUGAACAGAUUUUCAGUGAUGGAUUGUCAAGUUAUUCUUUCCUCAAAUAACCAUUUGAGACAUUAGUCCAGAGUUUUUCGAGCAACUACCGUACUCGAAAUUACCUCCCUCGUUCCAGCUGAGAGCUCAAUCUUCCCUGUGUCCCCAAGGAUCUUCUCGUGCUCUCUGUGUUUUCUGUUCUAGUUUAUCCGCCCUAGGAUGAGUUAUCCGUGAUACCUUGCAAAAAAAUCUCUGGAAGAAAGGAAAUGGUUACGGAAAAUUCGUUCUUAAUCUUUAAAAGCUUUUUCGCAUUCAGGCUCUGUGCCGCUUCAUUUGAAUCAUCCUAGGUCUCGUGACAAAAAUUGCCAUUAGGGAGCUUAAGCAACCAUGCAAGCUGGCAACGGAAGUGAAAAUGUCACUGAAAGUAAAUUCUGGCUGUUUCAAAAUUUAUUACUCUUUCUCCAUUUCAAACAAUUUGUUUAAUGUUGGGGAAUUCUUCUAGAGUUGAUUUUAAAGGGACUGUAUCCAAGUUCAGAAAAAGUAAAAGAAUCGUUUUGUCCUGUCCACGUCCUCCAUGAAGUGUGAAACUAGGACGUUUCACGUCGUAGUUGUGCAGUGACGGCAAAGAAAUGUACCUAGGCGUGAUGCACGUGCAAAGUAGUUUUGUUGCUAAUCUAAACCAAUUGCUUUUUGCCGCUCUCGUUGCCGUCGUCAUCCUCGUUGCUUAAGCUGCCUAUUAACGGAAGAAGACGGUUCUAAAAGUUCUUUCUGAUGGCAAUCUGUUCGUUUAUUCUUGGGUAAUUUUAUUGUGGUCUUAAUUCAUCAGGAUUGGUCAAAGGAAUCUUGGAAUGGUGGAUGUCCAGUUAGUGUAAUGGUUCCUGGAGCUCUUACGAACUAUGGAGACUGUUUAAGAGAACCUUUUCUUAGGUACUGUACUAAAUAUGAAGGGAAAGGGAACAAGAAUCAGUGCCGAAACUAACGGAGGCCCGAAAAUGUUGUAAUCUUAAUUUUCUACCUUCAUUGACAACAUGAAGAAGGACACUGGCCUGGAAGCAGUUCCAGAAAUAAAGCUGCAAUGGUUGACAAAGCAACGUGGCGGGAACUUGUCAGCUCGGCACAGGAGUGAUGUGGCACCAACGUUUGCGCAUUGAAAAUUAUUAUAUCUCCUAGUCGGUUAUCUGUUUUCGUAAGGUGUCCUUAAAUGGCUGGUAAGACCCGACCCACUCCCAGAUUAAUCUCCGCCAGGGGUUUAAUUCUAGUUUUUCGACGCGUAAUCCCGUUCCUCGUCCCUAUUUUUCAUCCCUUUCAUUUUUUUGAAACACCGAUAUGGUCGUCGUGACGUCAAAUAAAAAGGCCCAAUAGCAGGCUGUGUAAAGCCUAACCCAGAAUGUUUCUAAUAACGGUGAUACGAUGCUUACUUGCAACUUUUAUGUUUCUGGACAAAAUCACUCUUUCUUGUCUAUAAAGCUCAUGACUUGAUCAGUUAACAUUUCAUCUUUCUCAGUUAACAUUUCAUUUUUCUUACUAUUUAAUACUUAAUUUAAUCGAGGCGUUGUUUUCGAUAGAAUUCACUGGGCAGGAACAGAAUCAGCAACAGAAUGGCGAGGCUACAUGGAUGGUGCUGUACAGGCUGGACAAAGAGCUGCUAACGAAGUUCUAGCAAGAUUAAACAAUCCCUCUCCAAAUGAUUAAAUUGACUCCAAAUAGGGGGGUUAAAACAACUCAAACAAAACUUAAUAUAUCGCUGAAUGGCAAGCAUUUGUCGGGGUUUUUUGUGGGAGACAGCGUGGCCGAAAUGAGUGCUUAACUUUUAAGAAACGGUCCAGAUAAGAACGAUAGCAACAACGGCAACGAACAUAGGUGCUAACUUUUCUAUUGUCUGUACUUACUUCUGAUUGGCUUAAACAGCAAAAGUUAACAAAACUUCAUAAAGCGGUACAUAUAUUUAUCCUUACUUUCCAACCAUCUUCCAUAUAACAAAAGUUGGUCUCAGUUUGAAUAACAAAGAAAUCCUAUGUGGGG